AUGCCUGAGCAUCUGACAUCGACACAAAGCCUGGCAACAGUUGGGCUGGAGAAUUUGUCUCCACAGCACUUCAAGGUUCUACAACAGGCUUUCUGGACAAUCCUUUCCACUGAUCUGGCCACAGAGACAUUUGCCCAAGUUGUUGACGGCCGUCCCACUGCAAAGCUUGCGCAAGCAUUCCAAAACACUAACCCUGGAUCAAGAGAAUUCCACUUGCGCCUGAUUGAGAUUCUUGCUGUCCUCUGCCAUGGCAUUGCUGUCCACUUGUACCAGGCUUAUGAUGGAGGCUUUCAUAAGCCAGAGCCCCCCGACUCCAUCAUAUGGCAUGAUGAACUCUUCCCCAACAUGCCGCCACCACCACCCCGUAAAGCUUUGCCAGCGGAGCUUUACCAUUCUUCUUACGGUUUCUGGCAACAAUAUCCUAACGGAAUUGCUGAUAUUGUCGGUUACUGGGUGGAGUACCGUCUGUUUGGUGGGGUUGUUCUGUUUGAUCGUGGGGAGACAGGGUUUGAAUGUAAGGAUAUCUUCAUUCACCUUGUGGGCAGGUACAUGAUCUUCCAACUCUCAGAAGCUCAGAUACACGCAUACAUCAGCUUCCUGCAGGGCGGGCAGCAGCCUCCAGGUGGCAUUCGCUUCAAGGCUGAAGAAUACGCACAUCGUGUUGAUGAAAACUAUGCCAUGGACAUGAACAUUUAUCGCGACAGGUAUGAACGGAUUAUACCUGAGAGACGGGCCCGCUGUGUUAUCCGCGGUGAGGACCUCCCAGGAUAUGCGCAGGCUAUGGAAGAUUGGGCAAGGCGAACUGGAAAUGGUUAG